GAUGGUCAACAAUCGAUUACUUCAUGUGAUGAAAUAUUCAAGACAUGCUAUUGGUUUUGAUUUUAUUUUUGUUUUGAAUUUUUAAUUAACCAGAUGUAAAUGAAUCAUUGAAAAUAACGUUAGAGAAAAUAAUGUCACAAUCUUCUAAAAGUGGCAAUCAAGCCACAUCAUUUGCAUCAUUAUCGGAUAUAUUGGCCAAUUCAUCAUCGACUAAACGUACAACACGUAGUAGCAUUCGUGCAUCUACAGCUGCUACUUCAGGUGUAUCCUUAUUGCCGACACUUGAAGAUUUGAGACAAAAACUUGAUGGUGUCCAUGAUGAUUCUGGUAUGAAGUUAAAUCUUUCACGUGCAUUCGGUGGUCUACCAUCGUCAUUUUGUUUCGAUUCAAAUGAUCAAUCAUCAUCAUUACUGGCAUCGACAUCGAAUGAUCAUCAAGAAUUUUAUAAUAAUAUUAAUAAUAACCUGAAUACUGGACGACAAAAACGGCAGCAAUUGAAACGUGAACACCGAGGAUCGCAAAAUGCAUUCAAAACCGAAGCUGGUAGUUGCACAAGUGUUUACAAUGAUACAGAACGUGAAAUCACUCAUAUAAUCAGACAGAUUGAAUUGACUAAAAAUCUCAAUUUUAAGGAUGAUGAUCCCGAUGAUAAAGAUCGAGUUCAUCAGGAUCGGUUACUACCUGAAUUCAAUCUUAUACAAUUACCUGUUGAUUUUAAUCUUGAUCAUGGCCAAAUAAAUGUUUAUCAAUCAGGAAUAAUUGAAAUUGUCAGUGGUGAUCAAACACCUGUUAAAUUUCAAAUGCGCCGUGCUACGAAACAAAUAGAUAAUCCAUUGACAACUGAUUUAAUUUUAACCACCGAAAAUCAAGUAAUUAUUGAACGAAUGAAUGUAUGUGUACCUGAAACUGUUCCUAAUGAUUUGGAUAAAUCAACGAAAUGAUAAUGAUUAAAUUUGAAUUGAAAUCUUUGAUUUUUUUCUUUUUAAUUCGGAUCCAUCAUUUAUGAACGGUACUCACGUGUUAUUAUUUUCAACAUAU